AUGGAGCACUUCAUCGAGACCGUGCGCAAGUACCCCUGCCUGUGGAACACCACCGCCAUCGAGUAUCGCGACCAGGAGCUGAAGGACGCCGCCUGGGCCGAGGUGAUGAAGGAGACGGACCUGUCGUCAGUGAAAGAAGUAAAACUAAAAUGGAAAAAGCUCCGAGAUAGCUACCGCGACGCGCUGAAGCGGCAGAGCGAGAUGCUGGCCAAGGACCCCGGCAACUCCACCAAGAAGGCGUACCCCUGGAAGUACAUGGGGCUCAUGCAGUUCCUGCAGCCGCACAUGAGCGUGCGCAAGAAGCCGGCCGAGUCCCCGCAGUACGCGCCGCCGCCCGAGCGCGCGCCCGCCGACGCGCACAACGGCGACGCGCGCUCCUCCGACGACUCCGACUCCGAGCCCGACUCCGAGCCCAAGCGCAAGAGCUGCGAGCGCCUCUCCGCCAUCGACCGCAAGCUCGACUUCCUGUGCCGGGCGCACAGCAAGCGCCGCUGCAGCGAGGCGCCGCCCCGCGAGCGCAAGCGCGAGCGCCCGCCGCCGCCCGCGCCCGACCCGCUCGACAUCUUCUUCAACGGCAUGUGCCAGUCCACGAAGCGCUUCCCGUACCCGGCGCAGAUCCGCAUCAAGAGGACGCUGUUCGACGCCGUCAUCGAGGCGGAGGAGGCGCUGGUCGCGGAGCAGCAGAGCUACGCCAGCCUGUGGGCGCGCGGCGCGGGCAGCUCGUCCAGCAGCGAGGCGGGCGCGGCGGGCGCGGGCGCGCCGGCCGACGACGACGACGACGAGCGCAAGCCGUCCUGA